UUUCAUGUUCGAAAACCAAGUCGCUCCCCAUAAGCCGAUCUGGACCUACCGGGAACGUUUGUUCCGGGGGCGGGUCCUCGGCCGUUGCCUCAGUUUCCGGUGGUCGUCGAGGCAAGCCGGCUGGGUUGAGGUGCCUUAUGGGUCUCUCUCAGAGACGGGCAUCAAGGCCCACUCCUCAAAGCCGCUGCCCACGAGCGCGCGAGGGAGCUCUCGAGGUGGUCGAGCGGGCGCCGGCCGUGCCCACAGCUACUGUCUGGGCCAAGGCGUCGCGUGGUGGUGCCCCGCAGAAGCGUCUCCGCCUCUCGGGAGCGGCUCGGGUCCGCGGGUGUGUCGGGCGCCAGGACUCGACGGCUCAGGGCAGCCCCGCUCGCCGUCUCAUCGACGCCCUCGCUGCCACUGCCAUGGCCCAGGUCACCACCACCGGGGUGGGCGAGGUGACCCAGGCGCUGUGCUCCGCCGGGGGCGCCUUAGAGCUGACGGAGUUGCGACUGCACUUGCUGCGGAGCAUGGACAGCGACAGCCUGGAGCGGGUGCUGCAGGUGCGCGGGCGCUUCGUGGUGGUGACCCGGCCCGGCGCCUCCACCGACGGGGCGGCGGCCCUCGAGCGCGUGGUGCUGGCCGUCUCCCCGCUGCGCCUGUGCCGCACGCACCUGUCCCCCAAGUCCACCUGCGUGGGGCUCUGCGCACAGCUGCAUCUGUGCAAGUUCAUGAUCUAUGGCACCUGCAAGUUCCUCAAGGCCGGGAAGAACUGUAGAAACAAUCACAGCUUGACGACUGAUCACAACCUGAGUGUGCUGAGAACUCACGGUGUUGACCACCUCAGCUAUAGUGAGCUGUGCCAGCUUCUGUUUCAGAACGAUCCCUUUCUUUUGCCAGAUAUCUGCCUGCAUUAUAACAAAGGAGAUGGACCCUAUGGCUCUUGUUCCUUUCAAAAGCAGUGCAUCAAACUCCAUAUCUGCCAGUAUUUUUUACAGGGAGAAUGCAAGUUUGGUACCCAGUGUAAGAGAUCCCAUGACUUCUCUGAUUCUGAGAAUCUGGAAAAAUUGGAGAAGUUGGGCAUGAGCUCGGGUCUGGUGAGAAGGCUGUCUUCCAUAUACAGAAAUGCACUGGACAUCAAGAAUAAGGGUUCUGCCUCUGGAAAGGCUCAACAUCGCCCUCCGGGCCCACAGGCAGCUUCUGAAAGAAGAGGCAGAUCAGGUCCUGUGUCCCCAAACACUCCCAGCCAGGAGGAGAGUGAUCAGAUCUGCUUGUAUCAUAUCCGGAAAAACUGUAGUUUUCAAGAUAAGUGCUAUAGAGUUCAUUUCCAUUUGCCAUAUCGGUGGCAGUUCUUGAAUGGAGGCAAAUGGGAAGAUCUGGACAAAAUGGAGCUUAUUGAAGAGGCAUACAGCAAUCCCAAGAAAGACAGCAUCGUGUGUGCCCCAUCGGUCAGUGGCUUUCAAUUUGACACUCUGUGCUUUGAUUCUAUGAUGUUUGGCCCUGCCCAGGCUCGCCGCCUCUCCACAGCCUCCUCUGUCACCAGGCCCCCACACUUCAUCCUGACCACUGACUGGGUUUGGUACUGGAUGGAUGAGGUUGGUUCUUGGCAGGAAUAUGGAAAACAGGGCACAACACACCCUGUAACCACCGUCAGCAGCAAUGAUGUUGAGAAGGCCUACCUCGCGUUCUGUGCACCAGGCGCUGAUGCCCAGACAACUACGCUGAAAUUCCAAGCUGGAAAACACAAAUACGAGUUAGAUUUCAAAGCCUUCGUUCAGAGAAACCUGGUCUAUGGCACAGUCAGAAAGGUUUGCUGCAGACCCAGAUACGUGUCCCCAGAGAAUGUGAAGACAAAGCAAAGCUGCCAUGUCACGUUGCAAGGCCCAAAGAAUAUCCCAGACUAUUGGGACUCCUCAUCUCUGCCGGACCUAGGCUUUAAGAAGAUCACUCUCCACUCUUCCUCUGAGGAGUAUCAGAAGGUCUGGACCCUCUUCAACCGUACACUGCCUUCCUACUUUAUUCAGAAGAUUGAGCGAAUCCAGAAUCUAUCCCUCUGGGAAGUUUAUCAAUGGCAAAAAAUGCAGAUGCAGAAGCAAAAUGGAGGGAAGGCUGUGGAUGAGAGACAGCUAUUCCAUGGGACCAGCCACAGCUUUGUGGACGCCAUCUGCCAGCAGAACUUUGACUGGCGGAUCUGCGGCCUUCAUGGCACUUCCUAUGGCAAGGGGAGCUACUUUGCCCGAGACGCUGCGUACUCCCAUCACUACAGCAAAUCUGACUCACAGGUCCACUGCAUGUUCCUGGCCAGGGUGCUGGUGGGUGAUUUCAUCAGGGGCAAUGCAGCCUACGUCCGUCCCCCAGUGAAGGAAGGCCAGAGCAACACCUUCUAUGACAGCUGUGUGAACAGCAUGUCUGACCCAACCAUCUUUGUGGUUUUUGAGAAGCACCAGGUCUACCCCGAGUACCUCAUCCAGUACACCACCUCCGGGAGGCCUGCGUCUGGAGCCUCCAUCCCGGCCACCCUGGGCUCCCUGUUUGGGAACCGAUAGUGAGAACUCUUUGGGCCACUGUGGGGCUUUUCAUGCUGCUUGACCUUGAAGGAGCUGUUUGGGAGUUCGUUUUUUCAGAAACAAAAAAAAAAAGCUUUUAAUGAACUGUUUAAUAUGGACUUCUCAGUGAAGUCAGAUUCUUAAUCUUUUGCUGGUAAGGGUUUUCACUUUUAAGUCACUUUUUGGCUCACUAGUGGACUCCCUAGUAGUGAUUUUGGGGGAGCUCAUUUUUGCCUUUUUAAUAAUGUGUUAGAGUUGUAUUUUUACCAUUUUUUUCUGCAUAACAGUACUAGACGCAGAAUUUCAUAUACUAUUUUAUGGAUUUCUUUUAAUUAUUGAGAGUUUCUGCUGAUAGCACUUCUGUUUUUCAGGGUCUUGUGGUCUCUUUUACCUAUGUCAGAAUGACACAGUAGCCUCUGGUAGAAGAGGACCCAGGGUGGCCAAGGGCAGCAUCCUCCCGCUGCUUGUGGCUCUGGCACUAAUCCAGGCAGCUCUGCAGGGGCUCCUCCUAGACCCUGGAGUCACUUGGCUCGUGUCAUAUUGUCAUCAAGUCCCUGCUGAUUUCUCCUUG